CCAGGUGGUAGUCUCAAGUGGUUCGUCUUCGUCUUGCUAUGAAAAAUUGUUACCGGUUUACUAAAAUUUCGUGCCCUCGUCGAAAAAAAGAAAAGAAAACUGUAAAAAUAAUCAUUGAUCUCUCAACUCUAUUCCAAAUGAAAUGAAGCGGCAAGUCCAGCAUUGACCUAUUGUUCUCCCCCGCGCUCUUUCUACAGUGACUAUAAUGAUCGAGUAAGAGAGAUAUUGGUUGGUUGCAGAGCGGUCUUUCUGCAUUAAGCAUCACGGUAGAGAGAGAGAGAUUGGUUGCAGCGCUCGGCUGAGGUGAUGACUGUGGAGUGAAGAAGAAGAAUAGGAGGAGGAGGAGAGUUUGUUGGGUUAUAAUUGAAAGUAAGAUGCAGUGGCUUUUGUUGGGGUGUCACGGGUGCCUGACGUUGGUGGUGGUGGUCUCCUUCCUUUGCGGGCAAUGGCCAAUCUUCCAGGGCACCUUCAUCCAACGCAUCCACUAUUUCAUCACCAUUGGAGCCUACGACUACUUCCUACGCUUUGUGAUGCUUAUAUUUGGUACGAAGGGCCAGAAUGCUAUUCUUUCUGUUGAGCAUUAUUGCUGUGACCGACCAAACCCAAUUUUGCAGAUACUAUACCUAGCAAUUAUUGGAGGGAUGUAUUUUAUUAUUAUAAAGUCUUCCUUUCGCUAUAUUCCUGGUUAUUAUUUGUCUGAAGUGCACAGAUACACAGCAUUUAUUGCCGUAAUUGUGGGUGUCGGACUCUUCGUUUUGACCAGCUUUUCUGAUCCGGGCACUGUUAAAGCCGACAAUGUUUCUGCAUACCUGUCAGCUUAUCCUUACGAUAACAUCAUUUUCAUGGAGAAACAAUGUUCAACAUGCAAGAUCACGAGACCUGCAAGGUCCAAGCACUGCAGCAUAUGUGACCGCUGUGUUGCCCGUUUUGAUCACCAUUGUGGGUGGAUGAAUAAUUGCAUCGGAGAGAAGAAUACCAGGUAUUUUAUGGCUUUUCUUCUUUGGCAUUUCGUUCUUUGCUUAUAUGGAACGGUUGUCCUGGCUUUGAUUCUUUGUGGUCAAUUGAAAGAUCAUAAGGUGAUAUACAUUUUAACAGCCUAUUAUGGAGUUGAGGAUUCUUUGUACAGUUUGUUUCCUCAUGUUGUACAGUGGUUAUUGAUCUCAUACAACACCCAAAUACUUGUGAUGGUUUUCCUAGCAGUAGUAUCACUUCUACUGGCUGGAUUUUUUGGGUACCAUGCUUGCCUUUGCCUCACAAAUACAACCACUAACGAGACCUUCAAGUGGAAAGAUUACAUAAGCUGGAAGAAGAGAUUAAAUGAGGCCAAGGCCUCAAGCGCAGCACUGAAAGGAGAUACUUUUGCAGAUGAAAAUGUUAGUGGAAGAGAGAAACCUCCACAAAAGAGACAUGCUUUGUUUUGUUGUACCCGUCAGAAAGUGGGGGAGAAAGUUGGGGAAGUUAUAGCUAAGAAGAAUAUGUAUGAUAGGGGUGUUCUUCGUAAUGUCUUUGAGAUAAUAAUACCCUUUUCAGCCCGACGCUCAUUUCUGUUCAGGAAAUCAGAUUGAGUUGAUUUUAUCUUAGGGAUGAAACUGACACCUGCUUGUCUUCUGGUGGCGUUUUGUGAAAUAUCAUUUCAAACUCGAGUUACCAUCAUUUGGUAUUCUUGGAGGGAAUGAGGGAGGUCGACUAUUUUGUGCUGAACCUUGUGACCUGUGGUGUCCAAAUACUGGGAGAAUCAAACUUCUUGAAGGAACUUUGUUGGAAAGUGGUGAGGGUCCCUUGCCCUUUGUGAGAGGACUGAUAAUGUCUUGAUUUCUAUUUACUUUUGAGUUGCCCCCAUCUCACAGAUGAAAUCUCUGUACUGUAAAAUUCUUGUUCUUUAACUUCAGAAAAACAACUUGAAAUACAAUGCUUAUAUUAUUCAUUAAUUGGUGCA